AGUUUUCUUGAGCACUCGCUUUGCUAGUUGCGAGAGGUAUGAGGAGUUUGGUUAUUUUUUCAAAAGGAAUUUUGUAUCAAAUUUGUAGUUUGAACUCAAGAAGACGUAUAUGUUCAUGAUUGUUACAGUCCCGUAAAAAGUUAGUGAUAGCUCCAAACUAGAGUGAAGCAGUUCCAUUUUCGUCGAAAGGAAGAAUCGUAAAAUUUGUGUCAUCCAUUUAUUCGCAGUGGGAAAUAACAGGUGCAUUUGUCUGUCAAAAGUAUACCGAUGAAGAAAGAAGUCGGUAACAUUAAUAUUCAUCACAUACCUAAAGAUGACGAGUUGUUUGCAAGAGAGCGCUCCCCUGCGAGGCCUGAAGCGCCUGCGGAACGCCGCCAAGCCGUACGGGCCCGAGUACGAGUUCAAGUUGGCGGGCCUGGCGGCGCUGCGCGCGCGCAGGCGAGCGCUGCGCUUCGAGGUGUUCACCAACGCAGCUGCUGCGCGGCCGUUCGACGAUGUGGUGCUGCGCGUGCUGCACCCGCGGCCGGCCACAGUGUUGGUGCAGCUGAAGCACGCCAACGACGAGGACGCUGCGAGCCCCGUCUCCACGCA